AUGCAAAUUCCUAAUGAAAGAACAGGUAAAGAUAUAAUAGAUGGUGUGGUUGUUGAUGAGGAGGCAGUUGGGAGUGGCGCUAAAAUCCUCCAUGGUGAAGCUGCUCUUGCCCAUUAUCUAUCACAACACUUAAUAGGUAACUUGGAAGGAAUAUUUGCCCCUGGUUGGAUAGGAUAUGGGAAUGCUUAUGCACCCAAAGAAGCAGAUGAUCAAGCUAUGUUUGUUUUUUUUGCAAGCAAAUGUAAUAUGUCCUUCGGAUCCACUUGUCAUGAACAAAUUCAUUGGGCACACAAAAGAUGUCAUGGGUUUGAUCAACUGUUUCUUGCAGAAACUUUGGAUGUUGUUCAAGACAUUGAUUGGGUCAUUUCUCUUGGAAAUGAUUUUGCAAAGCAGUAUGAGCUUUAUACAUAUGAUGAUGAGCAUUCUGCACUACUUCACAGGGUCUUGUUCAAUGCUUUAGCUGUGUUUGCUCUAAGGGAGAUCAACUUAUCAAAAGUAACCUUCUCAACAACAACAUUCUACUUAAGAAGGUGAGUAAUCAAGAUUAAGGGAGACUUGUAAUCAUGUUUGGCAUUCCUUUCCAGUAAGAAAUAGAGUUGUAUGAUUAUUUGUUAGUUUUAUAGGAAUGUAUAACCCAUGUUAGCAAUGUAUUAUUUUUGUUUA